CCUUGUGAGUGAGCCACAUUUCCACCCCAUCAUCACACACACACACACACACACACACACAAUUUUCUAUUCCAACCUCUACUGCCCGACAAUGCCUCUCUUCCGCACCACCAUCGCAGCCCUGUGCAUCUGCACCGGCGUGGCAAGCGCACUCGCCAUCUGUCCAAGCAACGUCAACUUCAAACUCGAGGCCGCGGGAAAGUACCUUACGCCAGGCUACCCCUGCGAGUCCCACACCGGAUGCGGUGCCUAUUUCAGCGUGGACAGCAGCACCGACUUCGAAUACACCAUCGCCGCAGGGACGAGCAGUCUCCUGAUUGCCAACGUGCCCGCAGGUUCUUUGACGCCAGCCGGACUGUAUGCCCACGGGACAGCGUUCGCACCGGGACAGCUGACGGUCAUGUUCGGCACUGGCCCGCCGCGCGACAUGAACUGCACGAUUGUCCCCGAUCUUAGCCUCCUCGAUGGAUCGUGCAACCUGGAGUGCCAAGGGGUGUCGGAAGGUGUGAAGAGUAGUGGGCAGAGCAUCUUCACGGACUAUGCGAAUCAGUGGUUCUUGGGGCAGGCGAGCGGGAUGCAAACGGUUACGGUCAAGGUGAGGUACGUUGACGGAGGGCUCGGAUUGAUGUGAUUCUUCUGAUCGGGCGGUUGGGUCAGUGUGCCAAGGGCCUUCUUUUUCUCUUGUGGCUUAUCCCCUGUCGAUAUCCACGUUGAAUGAAAGUCCCUUCAAUCCCGCCAAUGGGACCGCACUGCGCUUCGUAUGCUGCUUGGUGAUGAUGGUGAAGGGGAAUGGUGGGUAGGGAGCAGGCAGCCAAAGCAGCCUCGUAGGUAAGGAGCUCGGCUUGCAGCUCGCGUAAACUCAAACGCGAGCAAGCAACGUCCUCC